AUGGACACGCUGGAAACCAUUCACGCGUUCACCUUGGCACCGUGGGACGCACGCGUGCGCACAGACGUCACGGCAGUUCCGCAGUCACUGGACGAAUCGGGCGGGUCUAUGCAGAUCGCAAUCAGCGGCUUGGCGCGCAACGGGUUGGAUUACAUUGCUCACGAGCAACAAAACAGCGACUCUUACAGUCAGGAACCCUCGACAGCAGUCGGGCCAGGACUUUGUGGGUUAAAUUUACAAGUCGAUGAGAAGAAUGCGAAGGAAUGGCAACCGGAUCGAUAUCAUCUGGGUCUCCGCCAGCGAGAAGAACAGAUUGUUGGGCCUGCCUAA